AUAUAACACCAAAGAAAACAUCUUCAAGUCCCAUCCUGGAGAAAUGAAACUUAUUUUAGCAGCUGCUGAGGCUCUUUGAGAGGAAAGGUGGCCUUCAAAGUCUUUGCACAUCUUCCUGAGAUGAUCUUGUUUUACGACUCUUUUGAAAACUGAAACCUUUUGGCAGGUGUUAAUUAUUGGAGGCAACAAAAACACAGCUUCAGUAAGCAGAAGCAGCAAAGCUGGAGGUUUUAUGGGUGGAAAGAACUCCAAGGGCCAAGGGAAGAAAAGCAUGAUGCUGCUGAAGAGAAGCCAGAAGCUACCUCUGUGGGAAGAAACUCUUCUUUCUGGAAAAGACCCAAGAACACUUUUGAAGUGUGGACUACAGUAUGUCAGUUUGAGCCUCAUAAUGAAGGGGAUGACAAGGGUUCCUGACUUUUUAUGGGGAUUGCCACAGGUCCAGAAACUGAAUCUCUCACACAAUCAACUGGUGAUCCUUCCUCCUGCUCUGGGCACACUUGACAGACUGGCAGUGCUUAACCUGUGUGGGAAUCGUAUGAAAUCUCUACCAAAAGAGAUUGGGCUGCUUAGAAACCUGAAGAUUUUAUUUGUCAAUAUGAACUGCCUGACUGAAAUACCUGCAGAAAUUGGACACUGCAAGAAGCUGGAGGUUUUGAGCCUUUCCCACAACCGUAUCUCCCAUCUCCCUUCAAGCAUCACAGAACUGACAAACCUGAGAAAGCUGAAUCUUAGCAACAAUCGGUUCAUUUACAUUCCUCUAAGUGUUUUUGCAUUGAGGAACUUAGAUUUUUUACACGUAGGCUGCAAUAAACUUGAGAACAUUGGAGACAGUAUCCAAUUUCUAGUCCACCUGCAGAUAUUCAUUGCUGACUAUAACAAUAUCCGUUCCUUGCCAAAAUCUAUCUGCUUAGUCACUGCUCUUGAACUCCUAAAUGUUGAUUACAAUUGUAUCCAGACUCUCCCAGAUGAACUCUAUUUGCUGCAUAGACUGACCAAAAUUGCUUGGAAUCCAAUGGAUAAGGGGUUCCAUAUUUCACACAACCCUUUGUCCAAACCACUGCCACAGAUUAUAGAAGGUGGACUGGAUGCACUCUACAGCUAUCUCAAAGAUAAAAAUCAGAUCCCAUAAACAUGGGCUUCGUUUGGGAUACUGGCGGCGGUCAUGUUUCCUCGGUUGUGGCUUUCAAUUUUUCUGGCCAGUGAACUUCACUGCACAAAUCAGGAGCUGGAAUACAGUUGCAAUAAAGUUUACCUGACAGCAAGUACAUUGACUUUAUACUGACUGUGCAAUGAAUGUAUUUUCCAAAUAAAUAUGUAUCCUAGCAAUACUGACAUAUCUUUUGCAGGAGGGGGAAUGCAACUGAGUCAUGAUGAUG